AUGCGAUGUGCCAACUCCCCAUUCAUUGGAAAAACCUCACUGGUUAAAAAGCCUAUAAGAUUACAGCAGGACGGAUAUAAUAGGAGACGAAAAAGGCUAAGAAAACGGACUGUCUUAAUUGGUGUAUGGAAUAUACAAGGAUUACAAAAUAAAGUAGGAGAAGUGAUUAAAGAAAUGGAGGCUAGAAAUCAGGAUAUUAUUAUACUCUCAGAAACUAAGAAAAAAGGACGAGGUAUUGAACGAAUAGGAUCAUAUACACAUUUCUAUAGUGGUGUCCCAAAAAAUCAAAGAGCAAAACGGGGGAUAUCGAUAUUGAUGAAAAACAAAUUCAAAAGAAUGGUCACAAACUGGGAACCUAUUGAUGAAAAUCUGAUUAAAAUUAAUAUUGAUAUUCAUGGAUACAAAAUUACUAUUAUAGGAGUAUAUGGAAUAAGCGAAGAUGAACCAAUUUGUAAAAAGGAUGAUUUCUAUAAUAAUUUAAAUGGAAUCAUAGAAGAUAUCGGGAAAACCAGGGAGAUUAUUAUUGCAGGGGAUUUUAACAGUAGAACUGGAAGUAAAAUUGGAAAUAAAAUUAUAGGACCAUUUGGAGAAAAUGUUACAAAUGAUAAUGGUAAUAGACUUAUUGAUAUCUGUGAACAAAAUUCAUUGAAAAUAUUAAAUGGCUUUUAUCAACAUAAAGAAAUACAUAAAUACACAUGGCAUAAAGAUACAUUCAAUCAAAAAUCAAUAAUAGACUAUAUUAUAAUUAAACAGCAAACGAGGAUAAAAAUACAUGACAUAAGAGUAUAUAGAGGGGUAACUCUUAACGAUCAUUAUUUGGUAAAUUCCAAAUUUUUAUUCCCCUUCAGAGGAAAAAGCACUGAAGAAAAUCGAAAUUGUCCUAUAGAAAAUAUACAAACAGAAAUCAAAAUUCCUAAAUAUAAUUUGAAUAGUUUGGAGAAUGAAAGCACAAUAUUUUUGUAUCAAAAGAGAUUAGAUGAAAAACUGGUAGAAACAGAGUUUGAUAAUACAGAAGAUCAAUAUCAUUAUAUUGUAAAUAAACUACAUGAAGCCGCCAAGGAAGCUUUAGGAGAAACAGAAGAAACACAUACAAACCAUCCAUUAUACUAUUGGAAUGAAGAAAUUAAAAAGGAAGUGAAAUUAAAGAAAGAAAAAUAUUUAAAAUGGUUAAAUACCAGAAAUCUUCAAGAUAAAAUAGAGCUUAAUGCACAACAAGCGAAAAUCCGGAAAAAGGUUGCAGAAGCAAAAAACAAAGUUUGGGAACAGUCAUGUCAAAAAAUUGAAUCCUAUAUUGGUGGUAAAAGAAACACAGAAGCAUGGAAAACUAUAAAAAAUUUAAGAAGGAAUUCCAAAGAAACAACACAUAUUAAAUAUAUUACUCAUGACUCUUGGGAAAAAUAUUUUAAAAGUUUAUUAACAGAAAACAGGGAAGAAUACUUGGGAAACCCUGAAUAUAAUGAAAUGAUAGAUCUACAAGCAGAGAAUUACAUCCAUUUGGAAAUAGAGACAGAGGAGUCAGUGAGCAUUACUUCAGCUGAUGGUCUUCUAAAGGACCCAACAAUUUCCAACGACACUGCAUAUGUAAAAUCUCAUUGUGCAUUUUUGAUUCCUAUUAUUAAAGGUCUGGAGUUUCCAGCAAAACAAGUCUACAGGAAACUGCGAUUGAUAGAAGAGGUGACAGAAAAAAUCAACUUGCUCCUAGGUUCUAUUGGUACGAAAGUUAGUGAGAAACUAAAGACAGCGCUACAGACAAACCCUGGACUGACCACCCUCUGCACAGUGGCUGACAUCUUAUCAGAUAAAUCAACAGAACAUGAGUGUGCAGUUCCAUUGCACCUAAUACCGUGA